AAUAAUUUAACUGGAACAAAAGUCGACAUUUUCAAAUAAAAUAGCGCGAGUUGUACAUUUUCUUAGAAGGGAGGAAUGAAAGAAAAUGAGGAAUAAGGAAUUGAAACGGACGAAAUAUGAAAAAGUCGAAGAGCAAAAUAGCUAUUCUAGACAAAUUUAACAAUGUUUUUUUGAUAAAUUACUCAUAUAAUAUUAAAUAAUCAAAUGAUAACACAAAAAAAUAUUGAAGAGAAAUAUUUUUUCUAUCAACAAACUUUAAAUUGUGGUAAUUGCUGAGUAAAUAAAUAAUUUACAAAAAUGUUAUUUUUUGUAUAUGGAUGGAGAUUCGGACGACGUUGGUCCCGUGAAAUUUUAGAUUUUAAUAAUUCGAGGACGAAUUUUAACAUUAACCUCAAUAGUAGAAUUUUAGAAUGCAAUACUUUUUGUACGAAAGUAAAUUUAGCGCUGCCUGAAAAAAAUGUUAAAAAAUAUAUAACAUCUCUUACCGAAAGCUAUAAAGUCCGAUCAAAAGAUGACGAGCUGUUGACGACGAUUAUUAAGCAAAGAGAGGUAGUUACUUUAUUAGACAACCGGAUACUUAUUGAAGAAAAUAUCAAAAGUCUUGAAGAACUUGGGAAAAAUGACGAAGAAAUGAAAAAGUUAGGCCAAGAUGAGUUCAUUGCAUAUCAAGAAAGCUUGAAUAAACUAGAUGAAGAAAUAUUAGAAGCACUAGCUGACAAUAUUGGUAAAGAUUACUGUCGGGAUGUUAUAUUUGAGAUAACAGCUGGUGUAGGUGGUCAGGAAGCAAUGUUAUUUUGUUCUGAUUUAUUUAAAAUGUAUCAAGGAUACUUUGAGUACCUGGGUUUCACUUAUCAGCCACUGGGUGUUGAUAAAGAAAACGGAAUCGAUGGAAUAAGACACGCAACUAUAUUAGUAUCUGGUGAUCGUGCUUUUGAAUUACUAAGACAUGAAGGUGGUGUUCACCGGGUUCAAAGAAUUCCAGCGACAGAGCGAGCUGGCAGAGUGCAUACAUCUACAGUUACUGUUGCUGUGUUACCACAACCUACAGAACUAGAAGUCAAUUUGCCGGAGAAAGAUUUAAAAAUAGAAACAAAACGUUCUACUGGUGCUGGUGGUCAGAGUGUCAAUAAAACUGAGUCUGCUGUGAGGAUUGUCCAUCUUCCAACGGGAAUUGCUGUCGAAGCGCAGUCUGAGCGGGCCCAGAUACAAAACAAAAGGAUAGCGUUACUUAAAUUGCGAUCGAAACUUUAUGAAAUGCAAUUGAAUGACCAAAAAUCAACGACCGCUGCAAUGCGUAAAAAACAACGUGGUAUGAGCCAAAGGAAUGAAAAAAUACGUACCUAUAACUUCAGUCAAGAUCGUAUUACGGAUCAUCGGAUAAGUAAUGGCACGAUGCACAAUUUGAAGGUUUUUAUGGAAGGUGGUGAAGACUUGAAAGAUCUACAGGAAAAGCUACAAAAUCAUUUCCAGCUUAAAGUUUUACAAGAAGCUAUUGAGAAGUGUAAAUAGUGAUGAAUUAUUUAAUGCUGUACAUAAGGACGUCGAGCGAUGGUGAACAAACUAUGGUGUCG